AUGAUCCUCACGGACAGGAAGAAGGAGCUGGAAAUUGGCAUCUACCAAAAAGAAGUGCACGAAGAACUGCAAGCGGCAUACGAAAAGGAUCAAUUUGCCAAGUAUGCGAAUGAAGAAAAGUUCGAUACCUUUAUAUGUGAAGGGAAAAAAAACAAUGGAGGAUGUGUAGUAGUGGUCGAAGAAAAUCAUGUGAAGCAUUGGAGGGAUGAAAAGACAAACUCAGGAGUUGUUUACAAAGGUAUGGACGCAGUCAGGUCGUUUAAAAAAUUUGCAGGGAAAGAAAUUAAUUUUCAAAGGGAAGACAUUAACGAUGAGCAAUCCAUUUUGGGGAUGGAAAAAUUAAAACGGUUAAUGGUUAAGGAAGGAAAAAAGAAUACAUGUGAUGAUGACAAUCCUUGGGAACUGCCCUCAGGGGAUGAUUGCGGAAAGAAUGUCUUCGAAAGAAUCGACCAGAUAAGACACGCCAUUGCAGAGGUAAGGCAUUGUAUUAGGAGAAAAAUUGAAAUGAAAAAUAGUAAAAAUGUUUGUUCAUCUGGUGAUGACAUGACGGAACUGUUUUUAAGCUUAACUCAGCUUCGUGAAAAUUUUGGUGAACUAACAACGUUAUUAGGAGUAUUCGAUUCACGUUUUGGAAAGAAGGGCCAAUUGGAUGGACACAGAAAAGGGUGGGGUGUUACCUCCGGGAGGAAGGAGAAAAACGGUUUGGGAAAAAGAAACAAUUACAUCCUUCCAGAUUGUAAACUUGAUGAAAGGGUCGAAGAAACGGUGCACCCUGAGAUGUACAUCUCCCUUAGACAGAGAAACAUAUACAAGAUGUUGGAGGAGUUGCAAGCCAAAGUAGAGAAGUACGAAUGGGUGCUUACAGAAGAGUGUUCACAUCAGAAGGAUGGUGGAGGAGACCAAGGGGAAAGCGUAGGUCACACAUUGCUAUGCAUAGCUAUGUUCCUAAACCUAUGCAUGAAUGAAAAUAUGGGGAAGAGGAUUUUGAAUUAUAUUUAUUUACAAAGGAUAGAAAUAAAGAAAUGCAAACAGUACAUGCUAAGUUUGAACAAAGGGAGAUCUGUUGAUAUAUUCUGUUCCCAUGUUGAAUCUCUCACCAAGGGAGUGCCUUGGAAUGAAGACCCCACCAUAUUCGUGGAUAAGCUCUUUCGCAUUGAUCUGACUGAAGAGAACGAACAGAUUUUAACUCUGUACAAGAGGCUACUCCGCAGCGAACUGGGAGUGGACUUGAUGUUGCGCGAGAUGGAAACGGUGAAUAGUACUAUUACUAGGAUAUGUCAGAACUUGGGUGGGUUGACGGGGGAGAAAAUGCCACUCUCAUCGUUUUAG